AUGCUGUCCAAACGAACCCCCAAAGACGCGCCCAUCGUCAUCGUCGGCGCCGGCGUCUUCGGCCUCUCCACGGCCCUCGAGCUGCGAAAGCGCGGCUACCUCCACAUCACCGUCCUCGACCGCUUCCUGCCCCCCGUCCCCGACGGCAGCAGCGUCGACAUCUCGCGCAUCAUCCGCGUCGACUACGCCGACCCCGUCUACUCCCAGAUGGCGCGCGAGGCGUACGCGGGCUGGAACGCGCAGUACUCGGAUCACUACCACGAGUCCGGGUUCGUGAUGCUCGCGGACCGCAAGGGCAACGGGUGGCUGAACGCGUCGCGCGAGGUCGCGGCGAAGAGCGGCGUGGAGCUGACUAACUACGCGGACGCGAACGACGUGCUGAAGGACUAUCCGAGUGCGAAGGCGGACUUUGAGGGGCUGCAGGCGUGUAUUAACCGUCGCGGCGGGUGGGCUGAUGCGAAGGGUGCUAUUGCGCAGUUGGCGGGGGAGUGUAGCCAGCUUGGAGUGCAGUUCGUCGCGGGAGCACGGGGGACAGUGAAGUCGCUCAAGUUUGAGGUGGGGAGAGUUGUUGGGGUGAAUGUUCUUGAGGGCCCGCCGGUUCUCGGGGAGAAGGUUAUCUUGGCGAUGGGAGCGUGGACGAAUCGCAUCAUUCCCAUUUCUCACGCCAGCUCUGCGUCUGGACAGCCUGUUGGGUUCAUCCAGCUUACGGAGGAAGAGGCUGAGAGGUUGAAGGAUAUGCCCGUCAUGAUCAACUUUGAGUCGGGCGUCUUCAUCUUCCCGCCUACGAAGGGGAAGAACCCCAUCCUGAAGCUCGCCCGUCAUGGGUACGGGUAUGCUACUGAGGUUUCUGUUGGCGAUGAUGGUUCUCAGAGGGUCAUCUCUACGCCGAAGAGAGAUGGCAGUAAUGCGGCGACGGGAUAUCUCCCCGAUGACGCGGAUGAAGGUCUGAGGGAAGGUGUAAAGCAGCUGUUGCCCGAGUUUGCGUCACGGCCUUGGGUCAAUCGGCGCUUGUGCUGGUACUCCGACACUCCUGAGGGAGAUUUCAUCAUGGAUUAUCACCCGUCUAUUGAGGGAGUCUUCUUCGCUACUGGAGGAGCAGGACACGCUUUCAAGUUUUUGCCUGUUUUGGGCAAGUACAUUUCGGACUGCUUUGAGGAGAAGGCACCACAAGAGCUUCGACACAAGUGGAGGUUGCGCGCGUCCGAAGGUCAGGAUGAGUUGAAGCUGGGAGAUGGUAGUCGCGGCGGCCCGCCUUUGCGAAAGUUGACACCCGUAGAGCAGUCUAAGUUGUAA